AUGUUAUGCAAUAAUCUUGGGUUAAAUUCACCAAUAAAUGUAUCACUAUUAUUACUCUUAUUUAAUGAAGCUACCCAGAAAAAACAUACUAGAGAAUUAUCCACAUCUACUGAAAAAUUGUCUAGCAAGAAGGCGAAAAAAACUGAUAGAAAGAAGGUAUCGUCUAUGUUAAAAAAACUUAUCAAAGAAUUAUUAACUAAUACAUCUGUUCUCACUAUUGGAAAAAACUUGGAAAAAGCAAAUAAAAGCAUAACCAAUAUUUUUUUGCAACUCUCCGAUAAGAUUGAUCAUGCUGAAACUAAAAACGAAGAUGUAUCCUGA